AUGGACAGGUCCAACUGGACUGCUUCCGGGUUAGGAUUCAUUCUCUUGGGCCUCUCAGCCCACCCAAAACUAGAGAAAACUCUCUUUGUGCUUAUCCUGCUUAUGUAUCUGGUGAUCCUAUUGGGUAAUGGGGUCCUCAUCCUGGUGACCAUCCUUGACUCCCGCCUGCACACGCCCAUGUACUUCUUCCUGGGGAACCUCUCCUUCCUGGACAUCUGCUACACCAGCUCCUCUGUUCCCCUCAUUCUGGACAGCUUCCUGACCCCCAGGAAGACCGUCCCCUUCUCAGCCUGUGCCCUGCAGAUGUUCCUCUCCUUUGCCAUGGGAGCCACCGAGUGUGUGCUCCUGAGCAUGAUGGCAUUUGACCGCUAUGUGGCCAUCUGCAACCCCCUCAGAUAUCCUGUGGUCAUGAGCAAGGCUGUCUAUGUGCCCAUGGCUAUCAGCUCCUGGACAGCUGGUAUCAUUAACUCAAUAGUUCAGACAACUCUAGCGAUGAGACUGCCCUUCUGUGGGGACAACAUCAUCAACCACUUCACCUGCGAGAUCUUGGCAGUCCUGAAGCUGGCCUGUGCCGACAUUUCCAUCAAUGUCAUCAGCAUGGUAGUGGCCAAUAUGAUCUUUCUUGUGGUCCCAGUCCUGUUCAUCUUCGUCUCCUAUGUGUUCAUCAUUGUCACCAUCCUGAGAAUUCCCUCAGCUGAGGGGAGGCGAAAGGCCUUUUCUACCUGCUCUGCCCACCUCACGGUCGUUGUGGUCUUCUACGGAACCAUCCUCUUCAUGUAUGGGAAACCCAAGUCCAAGGACCCCCUCGGGGCUGACAAACAGGACCUUUCAGACAAGCUCAUCUCCCUCUUCUAUGGGGUGGUGACCCCCAUGCUCAACCCCAUCAUCUAUAGCCUGAGGAACAAGGAUGUGAAGGCUGCAGUGAGGAACCUGGUGAGUCAGAAGCACCUGACUGAGUGA